AAUCAGCAGCCCGAGAUGGAGGCCACUGCGGAGGAUGUUAUCAUGCCUGACGCUGAAGGAGGCCGCGGCGGGGGGGAAGGGGUAAGGUUUGCCGAUCUUGGGGGCAUGGAGUCGGUGAUAGAGCAGCUGAUGAUGGAGGUGGUGGUCCCUCUGUGCCAUCCGGAGCUGCCAAUGUGGCUUGGGGUGCGGCCUGUGGCUGGGAUUCUGCUGCACGGACCACCCGGCUGUGGGAAGACCACGCUUGCCCACGCAAUUGCCAACGAGACUGGGGUCCCGUUCUACAAAAUCUCGGCGCCCGAUGUCGUGUCUGGGGUCUCCGGAGGUUCCGAGGAAAACAUCAGAAUCUUGUUUCAGAAGGCAUACAGGACUGCUCCCUCAAUUGUAUUUAUAGAUGAGAUAGAUGCAAUUGCAUCCAAGCGGGAGAAUAUGCAGCGAGAAAUGGAACGGCGGAUAGUCACACAGCUAAUGACAUGCAUGGAUGAAUUCCACCAGACCAAUAUUCAGUCGGGUGCUAAUGACAUGGAUUCAGAAUCAUUCCAAAAGAAGCCUCGACAUGUCAUUGUUAUCGGAGCUACCAAUAGACCUGAUGCUCUUGACCAAGCGCUUCGAAGACCAGGAAGGUUUGAUCGGGAAAUAUAUCUUGAUGUUCCAGAUGAGAAUGCAAGGAAGCAGAUACUGGAGAGGCUUGCUCGCAAACUUCGAUUGCCACCAGAAGGCCAGUUUGACUUGUUGAAGAUUGCAAAGGCUACGCCAGGAUUUGUGGGUGCCGACUUGAAGUUGUUGGUUGAUACAGCAGGAAAUCUAGCUAUAAAUAGAAUAGUUAGUGUAAGAAAAGACAAGUGUUUGAAGGAAAGAAACAACACGCAGGACUGGUGGAGGAGUCCUUGGGAUAAACACGAGAUGCAGAGCCUGAGUAUUACUAUGGAUGACUUUGAGGGAGCAAUCAAAGUGGUUCAGCCAUCAUUGAGAAGAGAAGGAUUAUCUUCUGUGCCUCAUGUCACAUGGGCUUCUGUUGGAGGUCUUGAUUCGUUAAAGAAGGAAUUGGACCGCUGCAUCGUUCGAUGUAUCAAGUAUCCCGAAUAUUACAAGAAAUUUGGAGUUAACAUGCAAGCUGGUGUCUUGCUGUUCGGACCCCCGGGCUGUGGGAAAACACUAAUAGCAAAAGCAGUUGCACACGAUGCAGGGGCUAAUUUUAUUCACAUUAAGGGUCCUGAAUUAUUGAGCAAGUAUGUUGGGGAGAGUGAAUCAGGUGUAAGGAAGAUAUUUACCCGUGCCCGAAUCAACUCCCCGUGCAUUCUUUUUUUUGACGAGGUAGAUGCUUUGACAACAAAAAGAGGGAAGGAGGGAGGAUGGGUUGUUGAACGUCUCCUAAACCAGUUACUUAUUGAGCUUGAUGGUGCUGGUCAGCGUGAAGGUGUUUAUGUUAUUGGAGCUACAAAUAGAAUUGAUGUGAUAGAUGACGCUGUUCUACGGCCUGGUAGAUUUGGGCAGAAGCAUUUUGUACCUUUGCCUGGUGCUGAAGAGCGAGCUUCGAUAAUAAAAGCCCUAGCACAUUCUCAGAAAAAACCUAUAUCCUCCACUGUUGAUUUGGAUGCACUUGCACGUCGUGAGGAGUGCAGAAAUCUCUCUGGUGCUGACCUAGAAUCGCUGGUGAACGGAGCAGCCAUGGCAGCCCUGGAAGAGAAUUUGGAACCCCUGGAGAAUGGGGCAUUAUCAUUAAGCUCAUCAUGUCCAGAUCCUUCGAUUGAAUUAUCGCACUUUGAGCAAGCUCUAUCCAAAAUAAAGCCCUCGGUGUCGGAACAGCAAAGGAAACACUACGAGGCCUUGGCACAGAAAUACUCGUCAAACUGAUCUACCACGAUGUAUCUGCGAAUGUAUGAUGGCUAAAAUAGGGUUCCAUGUGUUAUCUUUGUAAAUCUGCCUGAUUAUCGUUGGCGGUCGAG